AAAUGUGACGUGGUAAGCUGUGACUGGUGAACGACCUUUUCUUCUCGUCUCUCUCCUCUCUCUUUCGAUUUGAUUCGUUUCGUCCUCGAUCAGAAAAGCUUUCUGGGUUUUUUCUUUCCUGAAGUCAAAAGGGUUUUUUUUUUUUCUUUCUUUCUCCACUGUUCCUAGAUAUUAUUUUGUGUGUGUGUGUGUUCCUUUAGUUUCUUCUCAUUGUUUCUAAUUAUACUUUUCUCGUGAACACAGCAAGUAACUUGGCUAUGUUUUGCUAGAAGAUUCCUAAAAAUGAGUUAUUUAGCGGUGACCAAAAAAAGUUUCAUUUGGGUGCUAAUGUAGCUAUAAAGUCUAGGGCUUUCGAUAUAUAAUCUCUUGAAAUUGGUUCCGAGACUGUUUAAAUAGCAAUUUUGAUUCUACUUGUGAUAUCUCCAGUGUUAGAUCUGUGAAAUCGAAAAGCUUUUUUUUUGUUUUUUGUGAGAGUCGGGUCAAUGUCGGUUCCUCCUCGAUUCCGGUCAGUGGAUUCCGGUGAACGAGAAUUCCGAUCGGUUCUUGGUCCAACCGGAAACAAGCUGCAGAGGAAACCACCGGGGAUGAAACUGGAGAAGCCGAUGAUGGAGAAGUCCAUCAUCGAGUCAAAAGAUGAGAAAACGAAGAAACCAACUACUCCUGCUUCGCCAAGGACGACUCUGAAGCAAUGCUCGUCUCUUUGCUCGUCGAUUCUGAGAAAGAACAGUGCCUCGAUGACUGCUUCGUAUUCCUCUGAUGCUUCGUCUUCGUGCGAGUCAUCGCCUUUGAGUGUGGCGUCUUCUUCGAGCUGUAAGAAGGUUGUGAGACGAAGCGGGUCUGUCUCUUCUGCCAGGAAGCCGAGUGUUGGCAAGGAAGAGGAGAAAGGUGCUGGUGAUUGCUUCACUGAUGGCCGUAAAAGGUGUGCUUGGAUCACACCUAAAGCUGACCCGUGCUAUGUUGCUUUCCACGACGAAGAAUGGGGAGUUCCUGUACAUGACGACAAGAAGCUUUUCGAGUUAUUAUGCCUCUCCGGUGCUCUAGCCGAACUCUCCUGGACCGACAUUCUCUCCAGAAGACAAUUACUCAGGGAAAUUUUCAUGGACUUCGAUCCAGUAGCUGUAUCUGAGUUGAGUGACAAAAAGUUAACUGCGCCUGGCAGCACUGCUACCAUUUCCUUACUAUCAGAGGUCAAGAUACGGUCAAUCCUCGAUAACUCACGUCAUGUGCGCAAGAUUAUAGCAGAAUACGGAUCCUUUAGGAAGUACAUGUGGAACUUUGUAAACAACAAGCCUACACAGAGCCAAUUCAGGUAUCAACGCCAAGUUCCUGUGAAGACAUCGAAAGCUGAAUUUAUAAGCAAAGAUCUUGUACGCAGAGGCUUUCGCAGUGUAAGUCCAACGGUUAUAUACUCCUUCAUGCAAGCAGCUGGGCUCACAAACGACCAUCUCAUAGGGUGCUUUAGAUACCAAGAUUGUUGCGUAGAGGCAGAGACGAUAACAACCAAGGCCAAGAAGAAGAAUGAGCGCGAGUGACAUAGAAGAGCAAUUUCUGAAAACAAGCUAAUUAACGUAUUUGAGUACCAUGUUGUUGUUUUUUUCUGCUUUGCUUUGGAAAGAUUUAUUGACACAACUGAGAUUUUGUUACCGUGAAGUGUUUUUCUUUUGCGUUGUAUAGAUGUUUGUUUUGGUUA